AUGUCUGAGUAUCCUUACGAACCUAAAACUACUAUUCCUAAAGUUGAAUUUGAAGAAUUCGAUGGUGCUAAAUUUGCUUAUAUGCUAUGGCCAUCCUAUGCUGAAGAUAACCAAAUUAGACAAGCUAAAGCCCGUGUUUUGAUAGUCCAUGGAUUUGGUGAAUAUACUCAAAUCUAUUACAGAAUGAUGGAUAAAUUAUCUGUAAAUGGAUUUGAAUCGUUCUUCUUUGACCAAAGAGGCACUGGUGAAACUUCUCCUGGUAAGUUGAAAGGCCUAACCAACGAGAGAUACACUUUCAAUGAUCUUAAUCAUUUUAUCUCUACGAAUUUAGUUGAAUGUAAAGAAAAAGGUAUCCCACUGUUUUUAUGGGGACAUUCCAUGGGUGGUGGUAUAGUUUUAAAUUAUGCAUGUACAGGUAAACAUAAAGAUGACAUCAAGUCUUUCAUAGUUUCUGGUCCAUUGGUUGUAUUACAUCCUCAUUCCGCUCCUAAUAAAAUAACUAUAUUCUUUUCUUCAUUACUAGCUAAAUGUUUACCAAACUUUAGAAUUGACACAGGUCUAGAUCUAGAAGGGAUUACUUCAGAUUCAAGUUAUAGACAGUUUCUGGCAAAUGAUCCUAUGAGUGUUCCUUUAUAUGGUUCAUUCAGACAAAUUUAUGAUUUCCUGGAGAGAGGUAAAGCAUUGUAUUAUAAUAAAGACAACAGAUUAUCAAAAAUUACAGCUCCAUUAUUUAUUCAACAUGGUAAAGACGACACAAUCAAUGAUCCAAGAGGUUCUCAGAAGGUUUAUGACUUUUUGAAAUCAAAUGGUAAUGUCAAGUUGCAGUUUUAUGAGAAUGCAAGACAUUCAAUUCUUUCUUUAGAAGCUGAUAACACAUUUGAAACUGUUUUUAAUGAUCUUGUAGAUUGGUUAAAUCUAUAUUCUAAGUAG